GCUCAGCUCCCCCACCCAGACAGGAGGCCGAGGUUGAAAGGAUCAGCUGCUCUUAGACAACACUGCCUGGGCUCUCUGCUGCCAGUGUCCGUCUGGGUCUUUGUCUCUGUGUAUCCUGUGAGAGUGGGCACCUGUGGUGGCAGGUUUCCACCUCCUGUCCCCAUGAAUAUUAUGGAAAGCCCCAAGAAUCAGGAACUAGAAAUCUUGGGGAACAGAGCCUGGGACAAUCCUGCCUACAGCGACCCUCCUUCCCCGAACAGGACUCUGAGGAUCUGCACUGUCUCCAGUGUGGCUCUCCCUGAGACUCAACCUAAAAAGCCAGAAGUCAGACGCCAGGAGAAGACACAGAGAACCCUGGUGUCCAGCUGCUGUCUCCAUAUCUGUCGGAGCAUCAGAGGACUGUGGGGGACAAGGCUGACUGAGAACACAGCCGAGAACAGAGAGCUUUAUGUCAAGACCACCCUGAGGGAGCUUGUGGUAUACAUCGUGUUCCUCGUGGACGUCUGUCUGUUGACCUACGGAAUGACAAGUUCUAGUGCCUAUUACUACACCAAAGUGAUGUCUGAGCUGUUCCUACACACCCCAUCAGACUCGGGAGUCUCCUUUCAGACCAUCAGCAGCAUGUCAGACUUCUGGGAUUUUGCUCAGGGCCCACUCCUGGACAGUUUGUACUGGACAAAGUGGUACAACAACCAGAGCCUGGGGCGUGGCUCCCACUCCUUCAUCUACUAUGAGAACCUGCUCCUGGGAGCCCCGAGGUUGCGGCAGCUGCGCGUGCGCAAUGACUCCUGUGUGGUUCAUGAAGACUUCCGGGAGGACAUUUUGAACUGUUAUGAUGUCUACUCGCCCGACAAAGAAGAUCAGCUCCCCUUUGGACCUCUGAACGGCACAGCGUGGACAUACCAUUCCCAGAAUGAGCUGGAUGGCUCCUCCCACUGGGGCAGGCUCACAAGCUACAGCGGGGGUGGCUAUUACUUGGAUCUUCCAGGAUCCCGACAAGCCAGUGCAGAGGCCCUCCAAGGACUCCAAGAGGGACUGUGGCUGGACAGGGGCACUCGGGUGGUCUUUAUCGACUUCUCUGUCUACAAUGCCAACAUUAAUCUUUUCUGUAUUCUGAGACUGGUGGUAGAGUUCCCAGCCACAGGAGGGACCAUCCCAUCCUGGCAGAUCCGCACAGUUAAGCUGAUCCGCUAUGUGAAUAACUGGGACUUCUUCAUUGUGGGCUGUGAAGUCGUCUUCUGUGUCUUCAUCUUCUACUAUGUGGUGGAGGAAAUCCUGGAAAUCCACCUGCAUCGGCUUCGCUACUUCAGCAGCGUCUGGAACAUCCUGGACCUGGUGGUCAUCUUGCUCUCCAUCGUGGCGGUGGGUUUCCACAUAUUCCGAACCCUGGAAGUGAACCGACUGAUGGGAAAGCUUCUGCAACAGCCAGACACGUAUGCAGACUUUGAGUUCCUGGCCUUCUGGCAGACUCAGUACAAUAACAUGAACGCGGUCAACCUUUUCUUUGCUUGGAUCAAGAUAUUCAAGUAUAUCAGCUUCAACAAGACCAUGACGCAGCUCUCCUCCACCCUGGCUCGCUGUGCCAAGGACAUCCUGGGCUUCGCCAUCAUGUUCUUCAUUGUCUUCUUCGCUUACGCCCAGCUUGGCUACCUGCUUUUUGGGACCCAAGUGGAAAACUUUAGCACUUUCGUCAAGUGCAUUUUCACUCAGUUCCGGAUAAUCCUUGGGGAUUUUGACUACAACGCCAUCGACAAUGCCAACAGAAUCCUGGGCCCUGUGUACUUUGUCACCUAUGUCUUCUUCGUCUUCUUCGUGCUCCUGAACAUGUUCCUGGCCAUCAUCAACGACACAUACUCCGAGGUCAAGGAGGAGCUGGCUGGCCAGAAGGAUCAGUUGCAGCUUUCUGACUUCCUGAAACAGAGCUACAACAAGACCCUACUAAGGCUGCGCCUGAGGAAAGAGCGGGUUUCUGAUGUGCAGAAGGUCCUGAAGGGUGGGGAACCAGAGAUCCAGUUUGAAGAUUUCACCAACACCUUGAGGGAACUGGGGCAUGAGGAGCACGAGAUCACCGCUGCCUUCGCCAGGUUUGAUCAGGAUGGGGACCACAAACUGGAUGAGGAGGAGCAGGAACAGAUGCGACAGGGGCUGGAAGAGGAGAGGGUGACCCUCAGUGCUGAGAUUGAGAACCUGGGCCGGUCUGUUGGACACAGCCCCCCAGGCGAAUUGGGCGCAGAGGCUGCCAGAGGACAAAGCUGGGUUUCUGGAGAAGAAUUCGACAUACUCACAAGGAGAGUUCUGCAGCUGCAGUGUGUUCUGGAAGGAGUUGUGUCCCAGAUUGAUGCUAUAGACUCAAAGCUGAAGAUGCUGGAGAGGAAAGGGGAGCUGACUCCCUCCCCAGGAAUGGGGGAACCAGCUGUUUGGGAGAACCCGUAUAAUCCAUCCUAGGUGUCACUCCAGCUCCCUGGGAGUUCAGGGUGGACAGGAGGAUGGAAAAGGGGUCCUAAAGCAACAGACAGCAAGUUCUUCUCUCUAUGCCUCCCCCACAAGCCUCAUCUCCACCUCUAUCCUCACCCUUUCUAGGGCAGCAUGUCUCAUGAUGGCUGCUAUGACGUUCCCCCUGUAUCUGGCCUUUUGAGCCGAUGUUUUUGUGUGUAGCUGGGCAGCAUGCUUAGACUUGUCCCUUGGUGUUUCUGUAUGGAGUUGCACAGCUCUGUGAAGUAGCAUUUCCUACCAGGCCCCUCUCUUCCUGGGCACUUACUUCUGCCAUAGUUGAUUGACAUCAACAAGAAACAAGAAAAAGGAGCAGAUGGGAAUGACUCUCCGGAAGACCUCAGACAACCACGAUUAGUUAACAGGUAGAAGUCUAAAGAGUGGGCGAUGGAUGUCUUCCUACGUUCCAGUAACUCUUACCCUUCGUGUACAUCACGAUAUCUGCCACUGGCAGGCAUGGUUGUGUGUAGGAGGCCUUCCCUUUCUCAUGGAGUUUCCAUGUAAAAGAGAAAAGGAAGCUGUAGUGGAAAGAAGAUUUCUGUGUGGUGAGAUUCCAACAGAGGAGUUAAGAGUGACCCCCCUCCAAAGGUGAAGUCAGUGAAUUCUGGAGGAGCCUGCCUUCUGAUUCUUAUGUCCCAGUGACUAGCUGGAUCUGAGGGGACUUCAAACCUGGAAUCAAACAAAACCUGAAGGAAUCAAGCCAGAAAGGAAGGAUAUCAGGACUCAUUGAUCUUUUGGACUAAUAUGUGGUGGUCUCUGGCUCUCUUCGUCAUAGGAUAAUGUGAGGUUCCAAGGUGAAUAGCAAUAAAAUUCUUUAGAAAA